UGAUCUGGACUUAUAUCCUUUUUUAGACUUAAAUCCUGUUUUGUUGUUUUAGAUAUAUAUUUUUAACUUUUUAUAAUUCAAACAGUAAGGACAUCAGAGGGGGAGACAGGCAAGUGGGAGAAAGAGUGAGAUAGGUGGACACAGGGAUUGAUCCAUGGUCUCUGGUGGGGAGAUGUAUAUAUGACUUAUGCAAGGGGGUUUUACCACCGUAUGGGUCUGCACGACUUGCCUCCUGUUUGAUUCACACACUAUGAUUGGAGUGUUUGUCAGUGUAACAGUAAAGUAAAGGCUGGUAAGCUGAGACAUUGCGUCAAUUGUAUUUGUUAUUCAAUAUAUUGAUAUUAUUGAACUACACUAGGGAUGAAUGAAGUUUGCUGUAUAGACUACUCAAUGUACAUUGCAGCCACAGGUAACAAUGUUUUUCCAUGGGAAUGCCUAUGGGAUAUAACACUUUGAAGAGUAAUACCGUGGCAAUAAUGCAAAGAGUUUUGGUCAUCGAUGGCAAAUCUAAGAAUUAAGGAUUUAUGAGACAUCAAUAAGAGAUUGAUAGUUUCACCUGAUAGACAAAUAUAUCUACAAAUAUUUCAAUGUACUAUUAGGAAAAUGGAAAACUCAACUCAAUUCACAUCAUUUAUGCUAGCUGGAUAUAGUGACAGUGGACACUUAAAGUACUUCUAUUUGAUUAUAUUAACUGUGUUAUACAUCUCCAUAGUCUUUGCGAACAUUGUGCUUAUCAUGGUUAUAUGUAUGGAGAGGAGCCUUCAUGAACCCAUGUAUCUGUUUCUGUGCAGUUUGUUUGUGAAUGAGUUGUAUGGUAGCACUGCUUUGUUUCCUGCUCUUAUGAUUCAUUUGGUUUCAGAUGCCCAUUCAGUUUCCACUGUGUACUGUUACCUACAGAUGUUUAGUAUAUACACAUAUGGAUCUAUUGAAUUCAGCAAUUUAGCAGUCAUGUCCUAUGACAGGUACCUUGCUAUAUGUUAUCCACUACAGUAUAAUGUUGUCAUGACACCCAACAGGGUGUGUAUUUUAGUUUGUGUAAUAUGGUUGUACUCUUUUGUAAAAUUCAUCAUAACACUGUCUUUAACUAUUCGUUUGAAAUUGUGUGGGAACGUUAUAGACAAAGUGUACUGUGACAACUACCUGCUGGUGAAACUUGCUUGUUCAACUUCAGACACAACAGUUAAUAACAUCUAUGGACUCUACGGUGUUGUUUUGUCUGUCGCCAUCCCUUUAAUUACUAUUUUGUUUUCUUAUAUUAAGAUUCUGACUAUUUGUUUGAAAUCUUCCAUUGAGACCAGACAGAAAGCUUUCAGCACCUGUACUCCUCACCUGGCCUCGCUGCUCAACUUCUCUUUCGGCUGUUUCUUAAAUCUGCUCCAGAGUAGAUUUGAUAGGCCUAUGAGAAAUGUUCCAACUGUACUUCACACUAUUUUAUCAGUGUACUUUCUGAUGUGCCAGCCACUUUUUAAUCCUGUUGUGUAUGGCGUUAGGAUGACUAAAAUCAGACAGGCUUGUAAAUACAUACUACCUGUAGGUCUGUACCCUAAAACAUAAGCUAAACAUUAGUGUGACCUUUUCUGUCCUGAUUGUUAGAUUUUUGUGAGGUUGACUUGUGUGUUUUGUUACUUAUAGUUACCAUAAUGAAUGGGGGUGAGGAUGGUGAAAAUCAGACAUGUAAAACAUUUGCUAAUUUGUGAAAUAUUGUCAUUGACCUUUUAUUCACUUUAUAAAUAAAUGGAAUCGGACUCGUUUGCCUGACAGGCCUACUGUCCCCCUAUGAACCUCCAUUAAGUUAAAGCCACGCCAAACAGCUCCAUGCCACCAGGACCUGGAUACCCACAACAGAGGACAGUUUCUUUUGCUCCCAAGCACCAUGCCUUUGGGACUCACUUCCUGACAAUUGCAAGGCUGCUCAGACUGUUGGGGCCUUCAAAGUAGGCCUUAUGACUCAUCUCUACGAGCCUUCCCUUCCCUUCCUUCUAGAUUUUGCUUUCAAGGUUUGGUUCUAUAUCUAUAUUUUGUAUGCUUUUUUUGUUUAUAUUUUAUUUGAUGCACUUUGAGAUUAUUCUUGUGUAAUGAAAAGCACCUAAAAAAUGUAAUACAUUAAUUUAUUUCAUAACCCCAAAAAAACUGAAGUUCAUUACUUUGAAUUCUUACUUAUGUUGACAGCUGUAUCUAAGUAUGUAACAGCGGAUAAACUGAUGUACAGUAAAUGUGGAAAAGGUAAACCCACCUUAUAGCCCACCUGGCACCAUUACAUCCAUCCUAACAGAAAAUAGGCCCUGUACAGUACAUACAAGCUUGGGGAUUGUAUGACAUUUUGAGAGAGAAAUUAAGGGAAACACUGUAGCAUGAAAACCAACUGUAUUCUGUCUGAGAUCUGGAUGCAUGUCAUGUUUUCUGAGGGCCAACUGUUCAAUGUAACAUGAUAUAUGUGUGCCAGCUAUCUGACAGAUGACUAGCUUUGGUAUUCUUCAUACCAGAAAGGCAACUACCUGGGACACAAGAGUAACAUGUUGCCUAAUUUGGAUAGCUUAUUCUGUCCUCACAAAAUCCAGAUAAUUCAUUCAUAAUGAUAAAUAUACUGUAUAUACUGUAUUUUGUUUUAUUUAUAAAUUGGAGGACCAGAUUUACCUUUAUGUCAUUUAGCAGACGCUUGUGUCCAUAGCAACUUACAGUUAGAGCAUUCACCUUGAGAUAGCUAGGUGGGACAACCACAUACCCAUCUUGUUUUUCCAGGGUUACUGUAAAAUAUGUUUGACCCACAGAAUAAAAGAAAACAGCAAGGGUAAUGAUAAUGGAUUGCAUGUAUGAAACACAUUUGUCAUGUACUCUAUCCAUCCUGUAAAAAGCUGUCAAAAGUUUUGGAGUUCUGUCAAUGAAAAUUGUGUGAAACACCAGUAAUUUGUUUUACUCCAUCCAUACUUUACCAUGGGGACAGCAGAAGCCAAUAACAAGAGCAUAAUAAACAUGUUUAUCGAGUCAUUAGGUGCCAGGUCAUUAGUCCACUAUAUUGCCUUGUUCCCUAGGAACCAAUUAAUGCAGCUAUUAACCUGUAGAGACCUGAGGGGCUCCAGGAGAGGAACGGCUGGUCUUGAUUGCAUCCCAAAUUGUAUUCUAUUCUCUCUAAAUAUUCCCUAUUCCCUAUAUUGAUCAGAGGCCUCUGGUCAAAGGUAGUGCACUAUAUAGCCAUUUGGGACACACAGCUUCUGUCAUCGCCUCUGGGUUGAUAGGCUCUGAAAGUGUACUGUAGGCCUAGGGAAGCCCAGAGUGUCAAUAACGGUCCUAAUUGUUACCUAAGCAGGAAAGGCUCUGGGCCUAGGUUUUAGACUAUAGCUAGGACUCAGGGUCCUGCGUUAUUCCCUGUUUUCCCUGGUUAGAUCAUAUGGUCAGGAAAAACUAUAGUGCCCUAAUACGUAUAUAGCCUGGGUUCCGGUCUGUUUGUGCUAACAUUCCACCCCUUGUCAUUCCAUACAUGACAAGGAGUUGGAAUGAUAGCACAAAUAGAUCUGGGCCCAGGCUACCAACGAUGACAUCUCCUCAGACUGUUGUGUUGCCUCCCUCAUUCAGACUGAAGCUAACAAGGUACUCCCUCAACAAUACCAAGAUACCUGCCAGUGGUUGGAAACAAGAAUAAUGGACGGAUUCUCCAUGAAAGUGUAUUUUAGUCCAGGACUAUACUUAAUCUGGGUCCAGGAAAAAGUCCA